GGCCAUGCACAUUAAACUCCAGGACGAGUCCCUUGAGAUUUCAGUGUUUCUGGACUUCGCCAAUUUGGACCAGGCCUUCAAGCAGAGUGAGAGUCUCAUGUGUAACUUAGUAGAUGUCUCUUCCUGUCUAAACGUGGGAGGGGUAGUCGUGAGUCGCUGUGAAACAGUCAACCAAUCCGAUUUUCCACCUCUUGAAGCGAAUCCAACUUCAACUCAGGAGUCGAGCAGCGAAGAACAAGAAACAACAACCACACCUGAUAAUGAAUCAUCAAUUCGAGAAUCCAUGUUAAACAUUCUGAAUACUGAAUCACCAACUAGGGGAACAAAAAGACCUUAUGACAACGAUUUAUGGAGUAGCACAACGUUUAACCACGACACUCAAAGUAGUCAUGAUGGACUUAAUGGAUCAAAAAUGCACAAACAAGAACCAAACAUAGUUCCAUUUCACUCAGAAAACUUAAUUCCAUUCAAUUCUAUCGAAAUUCCAACAAACUCAUCAGAAAUCACAAGAAAUUCUGCCGAAGUAGCGAGCAGCUCAGCAGUUUUGAGAACUACGCCAGUUAUUCAAAGAAAUACUCAAUUUUCCUCAGAUGUAGAAAUUCCAACAAUACCUCAAGUUCCCCGAAAAUUAGAUUGUCUGAGAAAAUCAGAAUAUUCCAGAAAGGCGGAAAUUCCGUUACCCGAAAUCGAAGAGCCAAACUGGGAUGAGAUUUUGGAGAAAAAUCCAGGAAAAUUGUGUCCAAAUUGUAGUUAUGUCGCAACAGAUAAGUCGUCACUGAAAGUUCACUACAGACUUAAACAUAUGGGUGGAGCUGGCUUGAUAGAAAUCUGCAAAAUUUGUCAUCUGAGAAUAAAAACGAAAGGCGGGAUGAAAAAACACUACAUAAAUGUUCACCAUUUAUCAGAAGCAAAUGCGAAACAGUUAACGUGGAACUUGGACGGUAAUGGUUCUAGUUUAGAAAACGGAGGUUCCGAUCUCUAUUCGUGCAAUACAGACUACAGCUGUACUGAGAUGAUUCAACCGAGUAUGCCGACUCAAAUUGCCAACAAUUCGUCGUUUGACGAGAAUUCGCUUUCAUUGGAAAUGGUGGAGCCGAAAUGGUUAGAUGAGAUUAAAAACAACGAGCGCCAGUGUAAAUUGUGCGACUACUUUGACGGGUCGGAAUAUGGCGGGAAUAUUAAAAAACACUACAGGUUGAAACACUUUGAUGGUCUGGGUCUAAUAGAGACAUGCAAAGUGUGUCUGAACAAGAUAAGAACGAAAGCGGCCAUGAAGAGACACUACAUGAAGGUUCAUCAGAUGGAGGAGACGGAUGCGAAGACACUCACCUGGGGCACCACUGGAAACCCAAGAGUGUUUGCAACAAGCGAAGUGGAGUCCUCAGCUUCGAUGGUGGUGCGAGAUACCUAUUCCCUGACUAACUUCACCGCCAAUGGAAACGGAGUGGAUGUCAAUUCGAUGGCACUACUAUCACCUCCCCCACCAGCGCCAACUUCAAAUGGUCAUCAUUACAUGUUAAACAAUGAGGAGUCGCAGAGUUCAGUUUCCCAAGUGAAUCUGCUGGAUUUGACUCAGAAUAAUGAAAACAGCGAAGUCAUGAACAACAAGGUUGUUACAGUUAUUGCAGACGAGCCGAAGUUCUUGGAGGAGCUGGACCCGAGUGAGAAGAAGUGUCAAAUGUGCAAUUAUGUCGCAUCUGCCAGGGGCAGUCUCAAGAUACACUACAGACUGAAACACUUCGGGGGCAUGGGACUGAUCGAGACAUGCAAAGUGUGUGGAAUUCAAGUGAAAACGAAAGGAUACAUGAAGAAACAUUACAUGGUCAUGCAUGCUAUCGGAGAGGAAGACGCGAAGCUUAUGACAUGGGGGAAAAUGUAGUACCAGUACCCCCCCCCCCCAUUCACAUCUGCCGAUCUGAUCUAUUGUAGUUUCUUUAUUUCAAAUUUUAUCGUCUUUUCUCGCUGUUGUACUUGUUGUAGCUCGUCAAAAUA